AUACCGAUGUGGGGGACUGAAAUAAUCGACGAUUCUAACAAAAAUACAAUCUCACGCGUUAUCAGCAACUUUUUCAGUCAAAUGCAGUCCUCACAGCUUUAUUUUUACAUACAUGUCGUUUUGUAUCCUGAUCUUUAUGUCGAUUCGUUUUAGUACAAUAGUGAGAUUUGUUACUUUGUGUCACCUCAUCAACCGUUAUGAAAAUAUAUAGCAUAUUUUUAUCAGUCCAAAUAGUUGUUGUAUAAAACAGGAAUAUAAAAUAAGUAUCGACUCAUUAAAAAGGGGAAAACUUGAAUGAGUAUGUGGCACCGAGUAAAAUUUUAUAAAUCCUAAAUAAUAGCUACUGAAAAUGACGCAAGAGAAGAUAGUUACAAAUGUUGGAUUUCACAAUUAACUAACGUUUCAAAAAUAUUCCAAAAUUAAACACUCUCACGAUCCUGAGUCAUUCUCUGUUAAAAUAAAGAAAGAGAAAAUGUAAUUUUGUUCAAGUUCGACGCUUACUCGCGCCUUCCACUCAAAACAAUCUCAUACAUUAGCAGCCACUGACAUCUAAUAAUAUUUGAGUCGCUACUAUUUAUUUGGGAUGACCUGAACCCUUUGGGUUCGGCAGUGCCUACCCAAUUUAUUACUUCCCCGAGUGGGGCAAGGCACAUGGGAUUUGCGAUGCCAUUUGCAUCUUAAGACUUUAACCGCGAGGUUAUUGCGUCGCCCGGCAAUUGACAAAAAAGGCACUCGUUCCAAAAAAAAGGAAGCACCAUAUAAAAGGCGUUGGUACCUAAGUCAGGCCUUCAUUAUCGUAAAUCAAUACUCUUGUGCUGGUUCUCACUACAAAAUGAGUUUGUUAACAUCCAUCAUUCUUACGUUCCUAUGCGUAGUUGAAUGUUGCGCUCAAGAAGAUCGAAGUAAUAUUCGCAUUGUCACAAUAAGUCCAGAUACCGAACCUGGCUCGGGAAAUUCUGAUAACGACGUAAGCAUAUUCAGUGCAAUUGAAAAUGUAACUUCAACGAAAAUCGAUCAACACGAUAUCAGAAUCGAAUCGCUGGAACAGAAACUGGAAGAAAUUGAGAGAGAAAAAAAUAAGAAGUGCUCGCUAACGUCAUUUUUAGACACUUGGGACAUGGCACUUUUAAUCAUGGAAAAAGCUCGCGAAACAGCAAUAAAUGUUCCAAACGAUUCUCAAUGUCAAGCAACAUGUCGACCAGGCAAGAAAGGCCCAGAAGGCGCAAAAGGUGACAUCGGACCGACAGGACAAAAUGGUAUCAUGGGACUUAAGGGAGCUAAAGGAGAAAGCGGAACACCAUGUAUUUGCUCACGAUAUGAUGAGUUGGCACACAAAGUUCAAAUCCUCGAAGAAAAAGCUCGAGAAUUACAACUCUUAGCAGAUGGUUGGUAUCGUGUUCACAGUUACCCAUAUUGGUACAAAUUGGUCAAAGUAUCGUCGGACUAUCAAACAGCCAGAAAAAAAUGCGAACUCAUGGGUGGUCGAUUAGCAGCAAAUGGUAUUCGGAAUCCAACUAUUCGCAGCGAUCUACACGACAAGUUCAUCAGAAGUUCAGGAACUUCGAUUUGGAUAGGACUUGACGAUCUUGAGAGACAGGACAACUGGAAAUGGUCGGACGGAGUUUCAUCAACUUAUUCUAAUACACCAUGGAGUGGAGGAGAACCAAAUGGCCGAAAUGAAAGAUGUGGGUGUAUGUGGAUUGACUAUCAGUACAAAGUAGUAGAUAUCCAUUGUAGUUUUCAAACAUUCUAUCUUUGUGAGAAGUAAUCAAGAAAUCCCUUCUGUUUUACUUAUAAUUAAUGCUAAUAAUAUUUGAAAAUUUGUGUUUAUGUUGAUCUUGAGUUUUAUGAGAAUGGCACCGUUUGAAUUUCGCACCUUCGUCGAUUUUUAUUGGAUGAUUUUUAAGUAAGUUCUAUGGUUAUUACAUGAAAUAAAAUGCAAGUUGUUUUGUUCGGGCCGCCUUUUUAAGACUGCAUUCCCUUCAGAAAAAUUGUUAUUAGCUUGGAACAUCUAGUAUUUGUAUAUCUUUUUUAUAAAUUGACUGUUAUAGCUCAUAAAAAAUGGUGGCAUACUUUGGCGGCUACAUGUUGUCUAUAAAACCUUCAGCCUGUCGACUGUACAGACAUCUUGGUUUGUAGUUGCAUAGUUUUGUAUUCAGCAAAGUAAAAUAUUUUUAUUGUUGAUAAAGGACCUCAUAAACUCACAAGAUUCCAUCUCUAAUAUUUGUUUUGCAUUAAUA